AAGAUUUGUAGUUCAGAUAAACUGUGACAGAAACAUGUUUCGCGAAGAUUCUUUCUUCGAAUAAAAAACUUUAGAUAAAAAAAGAUUCAUUUCUGAUUUUACUCAUAUAUUCUUCCGCCGACAAAAUACCAGGAAAUCGUAUCGUGUGCAAUAAGAGAGAAAGAUUCAAGAAUGGGCUGUAGUCAUAGUAAAAACAAAAACUCAAAGUCCAAAUCAGCGAUACUGAAGAAAGAGCAUCCAUUGGAACGAUCGAUUCAUCACAAUCGAGUUGCACAUUUCGACGAAACUCAGCCAACAAGUCAAUCGACAAGUGUUGAAUCAGAAGAACUAAAUGUGAAGCAUUACUCGAAAACUUUGCUCAACGAUACUGUGGAGCCAACUCAUCAGAAGACUAGUGCACACGUUCCAGAGAAAAGUAUCAAGAAGCAAGAAGUCAAGCAAGAAGUCAAAAAGCAUGAAACAACCACAGUCGUUCACACGAAUGUACAUGUGCCAAAACCUACUCAUAAGCUACCACAAGCAUCUGAAAUUCCUAUUGAAAGAAUGGGAUCAGAUCCUCAUACAGCUAUUGCACCUACUUACCAACAAAAACAGUUCGCCACAUCUACUUACUACCCAAUGCCCACAAUUGGAGAAAAACAAAAAUCACCAGAAAAAGCAAAACCGGCAAGAAAAGUUGAUAAUACUGAUGAAAAGAAGAGAAAGAAAGAUCAGAAUGAAAAGCCAGUUAUCAAUGGACCAAAUGUUCGUCAUCAAUUGACUCCAGAAGAUUUGGAGUAUAUCAAACGAUCGGUUCAACAAAGAAACGAACGACGUGCGUUUAUGAUGGCUCAUCGAAAUGAAACAGACGACACGUUGUAUGAGCUUGAAGUACGAAUGCCGGAAAAGGACUACACAAAUCGAAUGGAGGUUGGACAGAACUAUCGUGUCUGUUGAAAAUUGAGAGAAAUAAAGUGUGUCUGGUGAAAA